AUGAGCAGUGUCCAAUAUUCCCUAGGCAAGGUGCCCUUCUCAUGGGAAAACAUGCCUGGUGUCUCCAAAGCCACACAACCACCACACCCCUACAGAGAGCUGCCACCCCCACCUUGCCCUUGUGGUGAGGCUUCUCCUAAACUCUCUCUCCAAGAUUUUCAUCUGCCUCUACCUCCCUGCACCUUUCAGCCCCUCUCAAGAAGCUCCUCCACAAAGGCUCUUAGAAAACAUGAAGACCCUUUUCUAGCGGCCUUCCAAGAGUGCACCAAGCCCCCCGAGGGGAAGGCAAAGGACAAGACGACGUCGUCGAAUAAAUAUUGGUUUCAAUCUGGACUGGGGAGUUGGUUUGGGUUUGGCUUGUCGUGUAAACGGUCGAGCAGUGUAAGGGAUGAUAGUUUGGUCAGGGUCUCUCGGGUUCCCUAUCAUAGAGACGGAACACUUUAG